AGUCACUGAGUGUCGGUCCGGAGCGCGGAGUGGCGCCGGGCAGCCAUUCUUCCUCCGCUGCUCCGGGACCUGAACGUUACAUUAACAUGUUGAAUAACCGCGCUGCGGGGCUAAAGCUACGCGGACGGCAUCAUGCCGUCUGCAUCUGAGACUCUACGUAAACAGCGUCGGUGUGGAGGCAACGAGGCGACGUGAGGUGCUCUCUGAAAGCAUCGCUCCGUUAUACCGAGGACAGUGUGCCGACUGGAGGGAGGAAACCGGGACAUCCACUCGCUCUCGCGGGCUGCUUUGGUGUUUAGGAAGGACCGGAAGGUGGCCAACUCCAUCCGCCGUGUGUUCAUGUCGGAAGUCGCCACCAUAGCGAUCGACUGGAUCCAGAUCGACGCCAACUCCUCGGUGCUGCACGACGAGUUCAUCGCUCACAGAGUCGGUCUCAUUCCGCUCACAAGUGACGACAUCGUGGAUAAGAUGCAGUAUUCUCGGGACUGCACCUGUGACGACUUCUGUCCGGAGUGUUCCGUGGAGUUGACGCUGGACGUCCGGUGCACCGAGGACCAGACGCGCCACGUGACCUCGCGCGACCUUUUGUCCAACAACCCCAGAGUCAUCCCGGUGACUUCCAGGAGUCGAGACAACGACCCCAACGACUACGUGGAACAAGAUGACAUCAUCCUGGUGAAGCUGCGUAAGGGCCAGGAGCUCCGGCUCAGGGCGUACGCCAAGAAGGGCUUCGGCAAGGAGCACGCCAAGUGGAACCCCACGGCGGGGGUGUCCUUCGAGUACGACCCGGACAACGCGCUGAGGCACACGGUGUUCCCCCGACCCGAGGAGUGGCCGAAGAGCGAAUAUACCGAGAUCGAGGAGGACGAGGUUGAGGCGCCCUACGACCCCAACGGGAAGCCGGAGAGGUUCUUCUACAACGUGGAGUCGUGCGGCUCGCUGCGGCCCGAGACCAUCGUGAUGUCGGCGCUGGCCGUCCUCAAGAAGAAGCUCAGCGACCUUCAGACGCAGCUGAGCCACGAGAUCCAGAGCGACGUGCUCACCAUCAACUGAAGCCCAACGGAACCGGACCCGGUUCUGUGGCUGUGAACUUAAACUAUUGGAAUAUUGUUUUGUAGAAUGUUACUUUUUAAAUGUAUCUGUCCGUUUUGUAAUCUGCGUUUGGGAGUUCUUGUAAUUUGGUUUAAACUCAAAACUUUCAAACACCUGGAAAUAAAAGUUGCAAAAGAAAACAAA